AACACAAACAAACAUAGUGUUCUGUGCAAACAAUUGUCCCUCGAAUUUUGAAAUGGUUCAACGGUUUUCCCAGAAUUGAUUUGACAAUAAAGUAUUGCAAUAAUCUUGAAAAUGGAUAUCAGUUAUAACCAGAAAUACGAUCGAACCCAGUUGAUGAAGGAAAAUGAUCCUGCUCUAAAAGUCGUAUUGAAAGGACAUCGAAAACCGAUAACUGACAUUACUUUCAAUCCUGAUUCUGUUUCAAACCAAUUUGCCACUGGAAGUGAAGAUGGGACUUUGAUGAUAUGGAAUACAUCUAAUAAUUCAAGAAGUUAUAAUUUUAUUGGUCAUACCAACGCUGUUACUGGAGUAGAGUUCUGUCCAAAUGGCAAAAUUCUUGCAUCAUGUUCCCUCGAUCAAACUGUUAGAUUUUGGACACCUACAGUCAAAGGCAGCUGUUCGGAAUUCAAAGCUCAUUUGAUGCCAAUUCAGUGUCUGAAUUUUUCCGAUGAUAGUACAAAACUCAUAACAGGAGCAAGAGACAAAGCUAUAAAAAUGUGGGAUGUUUCAACUAAGCAUUUUAUGUCCUCAUUCUUGGGCCAUAAUCAUUGGCUUAAAAGUGCCAAGUUUUUCCCUGAUGGAAAAAUUAUUGCUUCAGGAGCAGAGGAUAAAGCGAUUAAAUUCUGGGACGUUAUAUCAGGACAGUGUAUUCACACGUUUGCAAGCCAAGAAGGGAUUCCAGUACAUAUAGCACCUUAUCCCAAUAAUAAUUCUGUAGCAGUUGCCCUGAGCUCUGGAGCUGUUAGAGUUUAUGAGCUUCGAACAAGAAAAUUACAACAACAUUAUGUUCUACAUACUGAGACGACUUACUUAUCCUGGCACCCCACUGAUAACUACCUAUUAACUUGCGGUAAAGAUGGAAAAGUUAGAAUUGUUGACGUAGUAGAAGGACGGCCAAUUUAUACACUUGGAGGCCAUGAUGGAGAAGUAACUUGCAUUAAAUUCAGUCCUGAUGGAGAUUAUUUUGCCACAGGCGGUACUGAUAACCUAGUUAUGGUUUGGAAAACCAAUUUCAUAGAAUGUUAAAACCUAGUUGAUAUUUAUGUGUGUUUGGUUAUUUUUUAUGAUGAUACUAUUUUGGUGCCAUCAUUUCUUCAGAAGAAAUGGCAAGAUGUUAGUUUUAAAAUCUUGAUUUUUCAUUUUAUGUUAUUUAAUUUUGUAAAAUAUAUUGUAUAUAAUUUUUCUUGUAACUUUAUCUACAAUUAUAUGUUUUUUGAUUGAUAA